AUGCUUCCUCAAGGUCUAUUUCUGGCCAUCCUUAUCGGGUCUGCCAUCUCAGUGGAAGAGGGCCACAGUUUCUUUGACAGGGAACUGUGGGCCAGAGUGGGAUGGGGGACUCUGCCGGAGGAAAUGUUUAAAUUGAAGCUUCCACAUCAACCUUCAGUGUACUGUUUGCCUUUCCCUCUGGAGAUAUUCUGCUGCAGUUUUUCCACCUUCAACUUUAUUCAGUUUCUCCGUGGUCUUUUGACAGGCCUGGGUUUUAUCCAACUUGCUCUAUCUGCACAUAACCUUUGGACCAAAUGGAAGCAUCAUGUGAGGAAGCUGAAAAGGGACCUUUCCUCAGCUUUUGCCUGUGACAAACUGAAGGGUCACUUGAACCACAGCAGGAAGCAGAUGCUCUCCAGGGUGGUGAUCUCUAAGACCUUCCUAACCUUACCAAUUUGUCCCCGCACUCCUCCUCCAAGCUUGGAAUCCCUUCAUGGGGAGGCACACCAUUGA